GCGCUUCGCGUGGCGCUGGGCGCGCACUGGCGCAUCGGUGACACGCUCGGCUGCCACUUCCCGUCCUUCGGUGAAGGACUGGCGGCCGACCGUCUCUUGGGCUGCCCAGGCGCGGUGGUGAAGCAGGCGGAGGAGGCGCUGGCGCUGGGCAACCAGGCGAGGCACGCGCCGCCACCCAGCGCGGCUGGCGGGACCCUGCCGCGGGAGUUCGGCGUGCAGGCCAGCGACCUCGAGGCUCAGCUGAAGGUGCAGGCCUUCUCACUGAGGGGAGAGGCCGCGCCUUUGACGCCCGCCAGCCGCGGCACGGUCGACGUCCUGCUGGAGCAGCUGGGCGGGGGAGACUGCGCGCGGGCGGACGGGUGCAAGGCCGAGUCCCAGAAGCACACGUUGAAGGUGAAGGUGCAGAAAGAGCCGAAGGUCGUCGCAGAGUGCUGCCACGACGACGACUCGGUGAAGGAGGCGCCGCCGCAGAUGAGCGUUGGUUUUGCCUGCCAGGUGGUGGUGCACCAGAAGCUGGUCGAGAUCUGCGUGGCGGUGGAGUGCAAUGUGGUGGAGUACCAGCAGCGGCCGUUCGUGCAGAGGAGGGCGCAGCUGCUCUCCGUCGGCGUGGGGAGCUUCGACAAGGAGGGGUCGCACUCGGAGUCGGAGGACUCCGAGACGGUGGAGGAGGAAGAGCCGGAGGCCGAGAGGAUCUUCAACAUGGCGUUCAGAGACGGCGUAGAGAUAGCGGAAGUCGUCCAGCACAUCGAGGCUGCGCGGUUCGACCUCAUGCUCAUGGGCGACUUCUUCAA